UGUUGGAACUCCUGUGGCAUCCUACGACACCAGAUGGACGCUUGGACUACGAUGUGCAAAGAUCACACCGUCUGUUUCCCAGGGUGUCAGAUUGCCUGCGGCUUCUUACUUGGACGGCCCGCCUAACAAAAGGGACGUCCGGGGCCUCCCUCGGACACGCCCCCCGUGCCCCUCCCCGCCUAUUUGCCAGCCCCGAGAGUCAGUGGGCGGAGCCAGGUUACGUGGGCGGCUCCUGAUUGGUCCGGGAGCGGCGCCCCCCCCGGAGAUGACGUCAUAUACGUCCUGUUGAAGGACAGUGGCAACGGAUGGCGGGAGAUUUUGCAGACCUCGGCGACGCAGGCCCCCCUCCCGCAGGAGCCGGAGUCCCCGCGGGCGAGGCUGAGGCUCCUGGCCGUGACGCAGGAGGGGCUCGUGGCGGCGUCGGAGGGCCAGGUCGAGGCGGCGAGUCAGGGGAGGAGAG